ACCGAGAGUACUACAAGCCUAGCGAGUACGAGCAAUCGUGUGCUGAAUCUGUCGACCGUCACACAAGCCGAACUAGAAAUUCUAAUGGUGGCUUGGGGGCAUCCCAAGUACCGCGCCCAGCAAGUCUACAACUGGAUUCGCCAACAAGGGGUCACCGACGUUGCACUCAUGACGAACCUGCCCAAAACACUCCGCGCGCAACUUUCCGAAUUUUCCAAACCCCGUUCGUUGGAAAUCGCGGCGGAAAUGGUCUCCAAAGACGGCACCAUCAAACGCGCCUACCGCUGUGCGGACGGACAAAUGAUUGAAUCCGUGCUCAUGCCCUACAAGGACGGGCGGUAUACGGCCUGUAUCAGCUCACAAGCUGGCUGUGCGCAGGGUUGCGUCUUUUGUGCCACUGGACAAAUGGGCUUUGCCCGGCAACUAACCGCCGACGAAAUUUUUGAACAAGUGGCCAUUUUUGCCAACGAACUGCAACAACAAAAGGACCAGCAACAGUAUAUUGACGCGGGUGGGCAGGAAAUUCAACACGGCCGAGCAACGCGUUUGAGCAACGUUGUAUUCAUGGGUAUGGGCGAACCCUUGGCAAAUUACCGUAACGUCGUGAAGGCCGUCAAUCGUAUAACGAACGAUUUGGGCAUUGGUGCCCGGAAAAUUACCGUUUCGACCGUCGGUAUUGUACCGAACAUUGUGAAACUAACCACGGAUCCCGACAUGCCUCCCAUUCGACUGGCCGUAUCCUUGCACUGCGCAUCGGAUAAGGAACGAUCAGAUUUGCUACCGGCCAAUCGUCGGUACGGGGGUCUGGAUGAACUGAUGCCAGCGCUCCGCGACUAUAUUGAAACAACCGGACGUCGAAUCACCCUCGAGUGGGCGUUGAUUCAGGGUGAAAACGAUAAUGCCGACUCGGCCCGGACACUGGCCUCCUUGGUUCAACGAUACGGACUGCGCCGGGACAUGGUCCACGUCAACGUUAUCCCUUUGAAUCCUACCGGUGGCUUUGAAGGUACUCCCACGCAGCGACAAAACGUCAAUGUGUUUGUCAAAACAUUGGAGGAACACGGGAUUGCCUGCACACCCCGAGUUCGACGUGGCAUUGAUAUCGACGCCGGUUGUGGCCAAUUGACUUCCAAA